UGUAUAUGUAGUAGUAUAUUAUGAACUUACUUCCUUCCUUAUGUAAUGGCGUCAGAAUCAUACACAGGAAUAGAGGAAGGGGCAAAUGGACAGUCACUUGUUUCAUUAAAAGAAUUCCAUGAACAGUUCGCCAUUCCAUUUAAGUAUGGUGACAGAGAAAAACCUUGGCCACGUUCAACAAUUCUACUUUAUAAAUACAGCUCAAAAGCAACAUUAAAGUAUGGGGACAUUCCUGAGAACACUUGGAUAAGGAUAGACAACGCAAUAGGAAAACAUGCCGAAAUAAUUAUGAUAAAAGAUCUGAAGAAAAUUCAGCACCACUUGGAAGAACAGGCAGAUUAUAAUGUAGGAAGUUAUAAAGGUAUAUUCAGCAUAGAAGUCAUUCUAAACUACUCACCAGAUAGUGAUUGUUCCAACAAAUUGUGUAUUUGUAAGAAAUAUCUGGAUGAAGAAAUAGUCAAGCAACGGACAAACGGAAAUGAAGGCCCUGCUGAUAAGGUUAGGAAAAUGUUCCUGACAACAGAAGUUGAAAAGGUAGAAAAAAUUAAUUUUAAAAUCACCUUUUCAAACUUUUAUAAACAUAUUGAGGAAUUAUAUGGAACAGAAAACAUGGAAGGAUUAACAAAUCUUUUGAAAAGUGAUAUAAAACUUGAUAUAUUGACAGAUGAGAAUUUGAUAUAUUUUUUUAAUGCUGCUGGGUUAGUAACUGAGAGACAAAGAAGAGAAAAGGAUGACAAGAAAAUUCUCCAAUAUCUUAAAGGAUUAGCAGCUCUUGAUCAGACCAAUAUAGACUACCUGAGAGAACAUAACCUUGUGUAGUAGUUAUCAUAAACAAUAACUUGGAAGUAGUUUUGGUGAUUUAUUUAUUUAGGUUAUUUAAAUGACAACCGUGAUAAAAACAUAAAAGUAACAUGAAAGGUAACCCAUGUUACUGCAUAUGCAUGAGGGAGAUAUAGUCCUUAAUUUAAAAUUAAAUUCAUA